UUCUUUUUCUUCUUCUCCAGUGUGUGUGUGCUGGCGCUGAGGGGUGCACCGACAGUCGCAUCUGACUCCAGAGGUCCCAGCCGGACAGACGCGUGAUGGUGCGGACUCAUUGAUAAAAUCCGCUGCUGCUGGAAUUAAAAUGAGCACUCCUGCUGAGCGGCUCUCCUCCUCCUCCUCCUCCACAUAGCGCUGCUUUCUCUGCACAAGAUCUGUUUUUGUGUGACUCCAUCAGGCGACGCAGGAUGACUACUACCUUACCGCUGGUGAUUUCGUGCGCUUUGGUGGCGUUAGCAUUGGCGUCCAAGACCGUCCCCUGUGACUCCGGCCAGUACACCACCAGUGGAGAAUGCUGCCAAGAGUGUCCACCUGGAGAGGGAGUGGUGAAGAAAUGUGGCGCCACGCAGACGGUCUGCGCACAGUGUUUGGACAGUGAGACCUUUUCAGAGAACUACAGCCACACGGAGCAGUGCAGGCCCUGCACCGAGUGUACCGGCCUGAUGCGGAUGGAGACGCCCUGCACCGACUCCAAUGACGCCAUCUGCGUCUGCAACUACAACUUUUACUUUGACUCCGUGUCCGGCAAGUGUGAGCCGUGUACUGUGUGCAUGGUGGGUUUCGGUGUGUACGCGCACUGCGAACACAACCACGACACCGUGUGCGAGGAGUGCGUGGACGACACCUACUCCGAUCGGGAAAGCUCCCUCGACCCCUGCCUGCCCUGCACCAUCUGUGACGAGGAGAGCGAGACCCAGCUGGCUGAGUGCACGGCUAACAGUGACUCUAUCUGUCACAAUCCUGACCUCCCAAUAUAUUCCUCUCCCACCUCUGACAUGGGUCCAUCUACACCCUCCUUCACCACUUACUUCCUUCCCGGCGGCUCCGACAGCCCGCUGCCCGGAGGAGGGACGACCACGUCCAGUGCUGGCUCUCCUCGCUUCCUCGGCCACGGGCUCAACGAAAACCUCAUCCCCAUCUACUGCUCCAUCCUGGCCGCCGUGGUGGUCGGCUUCGUGGCCUACAUCGUGUUUAAGAGGUGGAAUAGCUGCAAGCAGAACAAGCAGGCAGCUAAUAACCGCGCGGCUACAAAUAACCAGAUGGUGACGCCAGAGGGAGAGAAGCUGCACAGCGACAGCGGCAUCUCAGUGGACAGUCAGAGUCUGCAUGAGCAGCAGCAGCAGCAGCAGCAGCAGGCCCAGGCUGAAGUCCAGACGCAGCCUUCACACUCACGCACACAGGAACAGAUAGUGGUGAGGGUGGAUGGCGGCCCCCAGCCUGACACGCCUCCCCCUGAAGUCUGAGGAUGAGGAGGAGAUUAAGAAGAGGAGCUGAAGACAGGGAGAGGAGAGUGGGGACUUGAACCGUG